UGAAGCAUGCGUUCAUUAUAUUGUUCAAAUGAAGCUUCGUUCCUCCUCUCCUCGCUCGCCCAACGCCGCCGCCCUCCGAGCCGUCCCUCCACCUCCUCCUCUUCUCGCUCUCCCUGCGCCGCCACCCUCCGAGCCAUCCUCCGCCUCGCGCGCCCUGCUCCUCUCCCUGCGCCGCCGCCGCCGCCCGCUCUCCUCGCUGGCCCGGCACCGCCAACGUCCUCACCACUCGACCAUUCCAUAGCUACGAGACCUCCGUUGCCGAUCCAAAUCGGAUGCCUGCCACGAUCCACGGGCAAAUCGGAUGCCUGCCACUGUCCUCCACGGAUCUCCGUUGCUGAUUCAAUUCACCUUCGAAGGUCAUCUGCCGGCCACGCCAUCGUAUUGGGCCCAUUAGAAGGGACACGCGGGUGUGCGGGAAUCAAGAUUGGGGGAGAAACGCCAACGUUAAAAUAUACGCGGUGGCAGGCUGUUUUUUAGCGUCGCUAAAAAAUUGGGAAAGGUUUGGGUGGACUGUUGGAGUUCGUUUUUUCUCUUUUUCUCCCUAAAAAGGAUAUUGGGGUAAGAUUAGCAGUCUUUUGAAGUUGCUCUAACUUAUCACGUAUGCAUCUCCUGUAUAUAUGGUUCUAAUAUAACUGUCAUCCGUUAAAAAGGGAACACCUGGGGAAGCCAUGCAUUUUUCAGUACAUCUUGAUUGAUCUCAGAUUAGUUUUUAUAUUUUUUUGUCUACAAGACUGCACAUAUAGAAUUUUUCCUGUGUUGGAGUUCUAAAUAUUCGUCUAUAUAUAUAUAUGGUUCUAAUAUAGCUACUUUGGUUGAAAAAGGAACUCCUGGGAAGCCAUGCAUUUUUUCUACUACAUCUUGAUUGGCCUCAGAUUUCUACUUACAUGCUUAAGCUCAUGUAAUACAUUGUGAUGGGUUUGCAGUUGAAGAUAGAUGGAUCCGGUUGAAAGAAACAGUGCUAGAGCUCUGUUUCGAGAUCUGCCAAAUAGCAUUAUAUCUUUGUGCUUUUGGAAUUUAGAACUUUGAUGCAAGCUUCUGAACAAAGGAGCAAUAAGUUUCUGAACAAAAGAAGCUGAAGUUGAAUUUUAGGAACAUAGAGCUCCAUUUGUCUACCUGGUCAGAAGCUUAAUAAAAGAAGCUGAAGUUUAUUUUUAUUAGGAACAUAGAUCUCUAUUUGUCAUCCUGAUCAGAAGCUUAACCAAAGAAUCUACUAACAUGCUCCUUUUCUCUCCCUGCUCUUGUGGCUGGUUCUGGUUGCUGGGACUGCAAAAUUCAUUGGUGCCUGAUCAGAAGGGUAUGCCAUUUUCUAACCCAUUCCUUGGUAGAAACAUGCAAGUCAAAAACGAGCAGCCAUUGUAUUGCACAUCAUUAAUUAGAACAUUAAAACUCUUGAGUUUCAAGUUUGUUACCCCGUUUUAGCUGACAAUGAGACUAAUAUUUUUAUAAUUUGUGAAGGUUUGGUCCGUUCGGUCCAUAUUUUUAUGAUCUGUGGUCCAGUUCUUGAAAUGAUGGUGAUUGUGAUCCAGUGCUGUUGAGACUCUUAAAACUUUGUUGUUCUAAAGGUGAAAUAGUUCUACAAAAUCAGUCAGAGUUAAAGGGGGUACUUGUGAUCUACAACCAUUGCUAGAUUGUACUUGGUUGGCUUCACAUAAGCAAACUGAACAAAGUCCACCACGGAUAGUUUCAUUUUUCAGUUGCAGACUCUUGUUCUUUUAUUCAAUUUCAGACUGUUUUAUUUAGAUAUUACAGCAGCUUGCUGCAUCCCAUAUUAUGCCCUGUUCUAUUUUUUCUGAGUGACUUACUUUUAACUUAGCAUGCCUAAUAUGAACUUAGCCAUAUGUAUGACUGAUAAGAGGACAUAUAAAUACUUAUCUCUUCCCCUUGUACAGCUCAAUUCUUUCAUUCCGUUUGUACCCUUUCUGUCUUAUGAAACUACUGUUGCAAGAAGUUGCCAUUUAUAUAUCAAUAAAAGAUAUAUCAUUAUCAGUGGUACAGUUGUGAAGCAUUUAUCUAAAAAUGUAUAUCUUAUCUCAUUCAUUUAAGUUACACUGUGCAUACAUUGUUGUUGCUUUCUGCUUUCAUAUAUGCCAAUGUUGGUGACAAUGGUUGCCUGCUUUCUGCUUAUUGUCAUUGAUCUUGCUUGUUGGCUCCUUUUGGAAAUACAUUGUCACUGUGCCUUUAACCUUAAGAUCUUUGCACCCCUUUUGCGGUCUUCUAACUCUCAUGUACCUGUUUACUGUCUGCACAAUUGCAUUAUCAUUUCGUGUACCCCAUACAUUCAAAGAAAGCUUGUUGUGUGUGUGUGUGUAUAUAUACCCUAAUCUUCUCCGGUUUUGCCUGUCCUUUGGCUUGUGCAGGAACUAUCGCUUUGAUGGAACCAUCCGGGUCAAGUCGGUCUAGGGUACCUUUUGCAAAACUCACAACAAUACAAGGUACACAAACUCCACAUCAUGUAGAUCCUAAGGAACGUGAUAGAGAGCGUAAGAGAUUCCUGGUGGCAACAAUGCCUAAUGAGGAGAGGAGUUAAUAUAACAAGACACGCUGUGAGAGGCGUCUGAGGAGAAAACGUGAACAAGGUGCCAUUCAACACAUUCCAAACCAUCACCAAGAUGACCGUGUACAAAUGGAGGUAGAUGAAAACGAUGGCUCGCUCCAUAGGGGAGAUUUGGGAUAAAAUAAAGAUAGACUUCAUGUGGGGACAAGUGAAUCGGAUGGAGAUGCUGGUUUAAUCAAUGAUGAGGCUACUCUUGGUGAGAUGGAAGAUUUAUGCGAUCAGAGUUGUAUCAGCCCUCCGUAUGAAGGAGAUAUAAAUGCCGCAUUACACAACGAUGAUGCUACUCUUGGUGACAUGGGCAGCAUUUGCGAUGAAAGUUGCAGCAGGGAUGUGGGUGAAGCAGGUAUAAUUUGUAUCUUUAUUUCAAAAUAUUUAAUAGAUAUUUUUAUGAAAAUGUCGUGUGUCAUGGACAAUGGUAAUUAGCUCACAUCCCUUGACCACCUUAGUAUCCAUAUAUUAUAUUAUUAUAAUAUUUAAAGUAACCUACAUUUGUCCUACUACUAUUCUACUACUAAAGGUGGCACCCAAACAGACACUCGCGACUUCCAUCCCUUCACUGCAUCAAAUGUAUUUGGAGCGGGUAAAAAAAAAUUCACUUUGCUUAUUUGUCAACACCUCUUCUAUGUCCCACCCGCAAUUCAUCUUUUGCAAACAAUACUGGCCUGCACCUAAUGACUCUAUAGGUACUCAGACACAACCAUCUGUUGUUGCUGAGCCGUAUUCAAUGCCUCCGCAUGGUGGACAGGCAGAGACACAUGCCUCUAUGGAAGCGGACGAUUGCGAUGAGAACAUCAUAUUUGAGGAAGACGAGGAAGAGGAUGAGAGGUACCUUUUUGGAGGCCAAGAAUGUGAUGACUGGGAUGCUGAUGAGGAUGUCGAUCUCGAGACGACUAAUGAAGAUCCCAACGAACCUGAUGUAUCGGAUCCAUACGAUGCGGUUUAUGCCAAUGUCCUUGACGAGACGCACAUGCUUAAGCUAGAGGAUAACUGCGAACACUGCAAUGCAAAGAAGUUUGAGUCCGAGCCACCUGGAUUCUAUUGUCGUAGUGGAAAGAUUCAUCUUUCCACCCCUGAGACACCAUCGGAACUCGUGAGACUGUGGUCGAGCUCGGACACUGAUGCUAGGCAUUUUCGUGCAAACAUCAGAUAUUUCAAUGCCCACUUCUCUUUCACUUCUCUGUACUGUAAACUUGAUCGUGUGACCACCGACAUGAAAAAUUGUGGAAUUUACACAUUCCACGCCCAUGGCCAAAUCUACCAUAACAUACGAUCAUUUGGUAAAGAGGAUGGUCACGAACCUAGACACCUCGAGCUUUAUUUUUACGACCACGAUCCGUCUCUUGAGCAUAGGCUCCACAAGUGCCAUGAGAAGUCUGCUCAAGAAGACAGGGAGGUCAUCCAGAGGCUAAAGGACAUCUUACAUGGCAUUAAUCACUACUCAGAGAAUCUUAGGAGUAUGGGCCAGGUUCACAACAACAAGGUUGCAAAGCAACACAUGGAGCUGCGGUUCUGUGUAUUAGCUUGUUUAUAAUUACAAUCAUACUGUGGAAUAUACUGCAUUUAUUGUCUAUUUAUAUUUAUUAUACAUAAAAUUGAUAAGUGGUAC